UCGGUUUUUGCAUCAAACGCCUUAAUCCCUGCAAUCUGCCAUCUUUGCUACCUACCUAAGUAGAACCUCAACAGCACAUCAAGGAGCUCCUGCCUACAGAGCGACCACCAACGUGCGGAGCUGUAUGGCAAUCUGGAUGUUUUGUCGUCAUUUGCGGACAAAGAACAGCGCAUGGCUCAGCCUCAGAGCGCCAAUGUGGUGCUACCUGAGUAAAGAGAAGCUUGUGAUGCUUCACCAUUCACGGCAGGGGAUGAAGGGCGCUGAAGCCUGCAUAUUUCCCCUCGGCGGUUCUUACGGUCUUCUCCAACGAACCAACAUCUAUGCGGUACUCCUAUUGGUGGUUUACUAUCGACACAAGACACUGUUGGUGAAGGGUGCUGCCGGCGCAGUCAUGGUAUCUUCUGGAGUCACUGCUAUCCACACCAUCGCUUUGGCGUGCCUCACCGCGAAGCACCGCGCGGUUUUCGAUACAGGACGUCGUCAGCACCUGGGCUAUACUCGGGACUACAACAACACUACUUUCGUGGUUCAUGCAGUGGUCCGCUGUGCUGCGAAAAUUCAAGGCGAGACCAAUAUUUCAAUGCUGGGGUAUCGUUAGUCUCGAGUGGCACCAUCUGCUCCUGGGUGAAUCUCUCACGCACCUACGAGGUCUCCUACCCUUGCGUGAACCUCGGCACGAAUGCCACAUUGACUUCUACUC